AUGACUACAAAAAAAAUUGGGAACAAUCGAAUAAACAGUUCACUUUCUGCCAUUAGUCAAGUAUCGCAACUUGGUCGAUUCCAGGACACCAUGGCUAAACGAAACACUGUUAUCGGUACGCCGUUCUGGAUGGCUCCGGAAGUAAUCGAAGAAAUCGGAUAUGACACGAAAGCUGAUAUUUGGUCAUUAGGUAUCACUGCAAUUGAAAUGGCAGAAGGUCGCCCGCCUUAUGCUGAUAUUCAUCCCAUGAGGGCAAUUUUUAUGAUUCCAACAAAGCCUCCACCGACCUUUAAGAAGCCAGAUGAGUGGAGCCAUGAGUUCAAUGACUUCAUCAAACAGUGUUUAGUGAAGAAGCCUGACGAUCGCAAAACUGCUUCGCAACUGGUUGAGAUUUGGGGACCGCUGACGAAAGCUCGAAAUUCCAUCAUAACAUUAGACGAGGCAGCUUCCCCGCAGCGCCGAGCGAUGCACUUACCCAAAGUCGAAACACACCACAGCGAACAUCUUCUCUUGUUUUGGUGA